UUUUUUUUUUUAUCUCCUCUACUCAAUUACUCUCACUCAUUAGCAUACAUUUCAUUACUUUAGAAUUCUUCUCUGACUUUUCCACCAGGUGCUCACCAAUACAACAAGUUCAAUUCCACAUCUUAUAAAAAAUACAAAUGUCUCUGAUUCCAGGACAAUAUGUCUUUUGUGAAAAGGGACGCAUCCUUGACAUUUGUAAAAAUGUAGAAGGCAUCCGUAUCGAUAACAGAGAGUACAAGUUGGAAGGUUAUCAAAUAUAUCUUGUAGAGCAAUGGGCUAUUGAACGGAAUCGUGAAGUUGCCACGGCAGUGUCGUUCACAGGCGAUCCAGUUCACAAGAUUCAGGUCGUGGCGAUCACAAUUGAACAUCCAGAUGUAUCAUGUCCGCGAUUAGAAAAAGUGUUUGAAGAGCUAAGGGAAGAGAAAUCAAGACCCAAGGACACACCACACGGACAACUGUUUGUUACAAAUCUCAGUUUAUUUGCCUCAUCACUCAACAUAGUCUUGGUGCCACACCAAGGAGACUUUGAUUUGUAUCAGCCGCGGUUUUAUUUGAACCUCAAUCUUCGGAGAAUGGGAUGUAGCGGACGCAGUGCACUUACUUCAAAGUCACCAAGUGGCGCUCAACGGGAAAAAUUCAACCAGCUUUACAAGAUUUCGGAUUCAACUGAUUUUGAAGAGACCGUCAUUAAGCUGGUGACUCUGGUUCAGAACUGUUUAUAUAUUUUUGGACUUUUUAAUAUUAAGGAUGUCGACGGCCUUUUAUGCGACGCAACCGAAAGAGGUCUGGACACAUUUUACAAGAUAUUCCUUAGCUCCAAGUUUCAGAAAUUCUCUCCUGAUAAUAAUGCAUUGGAUCCAAGUGUAUUGGCAGGAAUGUUUAGUGAGCUGCUUAAUGUUCGAAGCAAAUUACAACAUCUCGUAAACAACGUACCAAAAGAUCCGUUUGCAGAACCAGAGGCAUUCCUCAGCGCUGUCAAGACAUUUCAGGCCAAGAAACCAGAUCUGAAGGCACGCUAUCUUGACUUGAAGACAGUAGAAGCUAUCACAGCAGCGUAUCAAUCAUCAUUUAAUCCGCAAGGCCUAAAGGUCCACAAGGUGCUCAAAUCCAAGAUUGAGGACUUUUCAGGAAUGACAGCAGUGAAUCCUGAGGGUGAAACAACAGACCUGGAAGUGUUUGCAAAGCACAUUCAUAUGGACUCUCUAAAGCAGGUCUGGAGAGGCAAACCUAAGCAUAAACCGGAUAUGGCAGACGCAUUGGUGAAUGGCGACUGGUUAACUGGAGGCAAAGAAUUGGGCAAGAGUUUGGUCCGGGGCCUAGCAAAGACUACUCGAGAGACGAAGAAUGCAUCGCAGUCUCUGAAGAGUAUAACAGGUGCAAAGAAUAGGCAAUCUCUGCUAUUGCCUAAAGGGAAACCAACACCUGUGCUAAACAUAAGGGAUGGAACAAUGACUGAAGAGAUGCUUGUCACUUCAGCACUACUCGAGCCUUCAGUUUUAAAAUCAGAUGACGAGCGAAAUGAUGGAGAGGAAUCUGACGAGGUACAGCCGUCUACAACGGUUGCUUCAUCAACUGUCAACUUCCAAGGAUCUGAAGAAGAGACGCCAGCAACAUUUACCGCAGAAGCAGCACCUCAGUCCAAACCUGUAGCCGCUAUUCCUUCACUCGAUACUUUGGCUUUAUUAUUCUCGCAGAAACCUGAACCACCGGGACCGCCUGAAAUCACUGCAUUUUAUCUGGAGAGAAGAAACGACCACUCCAACUCUGGCUCUUCAAGAAAGAGAUCACGAUCAUUAACAGCUCUAGGCGGUCAGGAGCGACUUUUGGGGUGCCGAACGAUUGCUGCUAAGAGCACUGGCGCAAUCCCUGGGGUCAGUUGUGGACCUCGUAGGAAGCUUGUCAGGCAUCCAGCGCACAGGAAACGAUCACAGUCCUACUCCAGUUUAGAUAGCAAAGAGGUUGUCGUAUCUCCGCUUCGAAGCCUUGUGAUAGAAUGCGAUACCCAAAGCUAUUAUUCAUACCAACUCUUGAAGGAAAAAGAAGAAAAUCUAAAAUCACUCCAUGGCAGGAUGCAGACAAUGGAGAAUGAACUCUCAACUCAGCUUAAGACGCUGAUGGCUGUUCUAGAAGAACAGACAAAGGAGUUUCAGGCUAUUGAAUGUGAAGCAAAUGAAAUAUUGAACGAACGCCGUGUUUUGCUGGAUGAAGUACGUGAGAAGGAACAUGCUACUCAGCGAUCAGUCUAUCACCUAGAGGGGAUGGUAGGCAAGUUGGUAGAGAUGAGAGACUUUACAGACGCGUUCUUCAAUAGAAUCGCGUAUCUCGAUACUAAGCUUCCUGUAUCCCAUAGACGCCUUGCGCUAUGGAUGGACAAACUACAGAAGCUGCAAUCACAAUGGUUUGAUACAAUUAUAGGGUAUAUGAAAAUAUAUGCUCCUAGUGGGAUAAGAAAUCGAUUUAGUGAUUGGGAAAAGAGAGUGCAGCAUUCUGCUAUGGAAGCUCGUGAGCUAAGAGGACAGAUGGAUGAGGCCCAGCUAGGAGGAGGGUCCACUAUGGAUGCUUUAGGCUCUAAUCGGUCUACCGCUGCGCCUGAAGAUAACUUUUCUACGCCAACUUCGUCAAAAAGUAUUGACACUGACCCGUCAAGACAUCUUGAUAUUGAUGCGACAAGGUCUCUAGUGGAGGUAGGGUCCCACUCGGUCAUGCCAGAGUCUUUAAAGACUGAGGGCGAUGACGCGAAGAAGGAUGUAAGCCACCUUUUGCAUAGAAAAGUAUUGGACCAUGGAGAUGGAUGUUUGAUUAAGGACACAGACUCGCCAUUAAGUCUGUCAAGCACGCCAAAUACGUCAUUAUUAUCGUCAUCGUCAUCAUUAUCGUCAUCCCAGGCUCAAGAGUCACCUAAUGUUGGUGUAGCAGGAUCUGCAAAAACAACAGGUGCCUUGUUUUCGGGCACUGCCUCCUUGGGAUGGAUACGGAAAGGCAAAAGUGCUUUAGACGAGUGACAAGAUGAAUAAAAAAAAAUCAAGCAACGGCCUG